ACCUCAGGCACCUCCUCCCUCUCAGAAACCGAACGCCACGAUCCCCCCGCCUUCCAACCUCUCAAUGCCUCGCCCGGAAAAGCUUGGCCUAAACCCCCCGGCCCGAAUCCCGUGACGAUGUAUCGUAGCGUCAAGUGUGGUAUGAACAUGGCGUUUCGGGAGUGGGUUCGGAUCUUGGGGAAUGAUGGGGUGAAGGUUUGGGCGGUGAGUUCGAGGUUUUUGGCGACGAAUCUUGCGGGGAUUGGGGCGGAGAAGUUGAAACUGAUAGGGGCGAUUGAUCCGGCGGAUGUUGCGGAGGGGAAGAGGGAUUCGGAUGCUGGGAAGAUUAUUCGGAAGGAUGAGAUUCAG